CGUCGUCUUCCCCUCCGGGCGGACCACGCCGAGCGGUCGCUCGGCUCGCCAGGUGCUCAGUCCGGGCUCGGCCUUUAGGGCCCGAGCAGAGGCUAAUUAGAGGCUGAGACAGAAAUAAGUCCUCGUGUCGGACCCAGAUCAUAUGAGCUUUCAAUAUGCUUCGAUACCAGAAUCUGUACAGAAUCUAUAAAGGAUUCUUCCCAUACAGUUUUGAAACUGGCACAUUUAAUUUAGGCAUAUGCACAAAGAAAAUGCAUUCUUCAGUCAACAAGUAUGAUAAACUUGAAGAUGGAGAGCAUGCAAGUGUUUCCAAAGGUCAGGAAAUUCAUAAUACUCAAAGUGGAAAUCAUGAAACUAUGAAGCAAUUACACACACCAGUGAUGGUCAAUGAAGUUAUUAAUUGUUUAGCACCACAGCAAGGGCAGAAUAUUCUUGACAUGACCUUUGGUUCAGGAGGCCACUCAAGAGCCAUUCUGCAGAAAGAAGUGGAUGUUACCUUAUAUGUUCUAGACAGAGAUCCAACAGCUUAUGCUAUAGCUCAACAGCUUUCAGAAUUGUAUCCAAGGCAGAUUCAAGCUUUGCUAGGCCAGUUUAGCCAAGCUGAGGCCAUGUUAAUGAAAGCUGGAGUACAGCCCGGGACUGUUGAUGGAGUUCUUCUAGAUCUCGGGUGUUCCUCCAUGCAACUUGAUACUCCUGAAAGAGGUUUUUCCCUUCGUAAGGACGGCCCCUUGGACAUGAGGAUGGAUGGUGGCAGGUACCCUGACAUGCCCACUGCUGCUGAUGUUGUGAAUGCCUUAGAUCAACAGGCACUCGCGUUGAUCCUGAAAACAUACGGGGAAGAGAAGUAUGCCAAGAAAAUCGCUUCAGCAAUCGUUCAGGCACGCAGCAUCUACCCCAUCACCAGAACCCAUCAGCUUGCCAGCAUUGUUGCAGGUGCUUUUCCUACUGCUGCUCUGUAUGAAAGGAAAGACUUACUCCAGAGAUCCACCCAUAUCGCUACCAAGACUUUCCAGGCCCUCCGAAUAUUUGUAAACAAUGAGCUGAAUGAACUCUAUGCAGGACUGAAGACUGCUCAGAAGUUUCUGAAGCCAGGGGGCCGCCUCGUUGCCCUUUCUUUCCAUUCACUGGAAGAUCGAAUCGUCAAGCGAUUCUUACACGGAAUUGACAUGAAAGAAAAACUGAGUCCAAAAAGGAGACAGAAGAUAACCCAAGGCCCAGGACUGUGUUUAAAUCUAGAAAAUGAAAAAGAGUUCUUUAGAAACUCAUCUCCCUUGGAAUGGGAAAUGAUACACAAGAAGGUGCUUACACCAGAAAGCCAAGAGGUCCAGGACAAUCCUCGAGGGCGGUCUGCCAAGCUCCGGGCAGCCAUCAAGCUGUAAAAACACAAAUAAGCACCUACACUUUUCCCCCAUUUUCAUCCAUAGCAUUUUUACAAAGUAACUGUUGAAACAGCCUAAAUAAAAUAAAAUGUUAGUGAUGGAAGAGAACCCGGGAUCUGAAGGGUCUUAGUAUCACUUUUUGUGGAAAGGUAAGACUCAAGCAACAUAAACAUGACAUGAAAAAUUCAGCACAAGAAUCUCUGGUCCACGGGGGCAGCUAGGUGGCACAGUGGAUAGAGCACUGGCCCUAGAUUCAGGAAGACCUGAGUUCAAAUCUGGCGUCAGACAGUUGACACUUACUAGCUGUGUGACCCUUUACCCUCAUUGCCCGCCACCCCCACACCCCCCAGAAAAAAAGAAUUUCUGGUUCAAGACUGAAAAAUUAUUUCAUUUUAGAGAAAAAAAAGUCAUGUGAGGGUUUUUUUUUUUUUAAGUAGUCCCCUAAUGAAGAGAGUGUUAAGAAAUUAUUAUAGGGGGCAGCUAGGUCGCACAGUGGAUAGAGCACCAGCCCUGGAUUCAGGAGGACCUGAGUUCAAAUCUGGCCUCAGACACUUGACACUAGCUGUGUGACCCUGGGCAAGUCACUUAACCCUCAUUGCCCUGCCCCCCCCAAAAAAAUUAUUAUAACUAUACUUAUGUCAUCUAAAUAUGUAGACCUAAAGUGUCAGAAGAGGAGGACAUUGUGACCAUAUCUUUGUCCUAAAUUCUCAAUUUAGAAAUGAAAACUCUGGGGGUGGCUAGGUGGCACAGUGGAUAAAGCACUGGCUCUGGAUUCAGGAGUACCUGAGUUCAAAUCCGGCCUCAGACACUUGACACUUACUAGCUGUGUGACCCUGGGCAAGUCACUUAACCCCCAUUGCCCUGCCAAAAAAAAAAAAAAAUGAAAACUCUGCAAAAUCCUUUUUAUGACAAUGAAUUGGUCCUAACUAUAAAAGAAAACUUAAUUUCUCUCACUGAGAAUGAAGAAUUUUUACUCUAGCUUUCUCACAUACAGGUAUUAGGCCACUUGUAGUCUCGAAGUGUCUCUUAUUAAGAAAUUACCUUAUACUGAUGAAUAUGAUUGUUGAAAUUGCAAUGAUAUCUAAAAGGGUUUUUCUUAGUCCAUAUAAUGUAAAACUAAAAUUGCCAUUAUUUCACAUCAAGUCAAGUCAACAAGCAUUUAUAUGUGUCAGACAUUAUAUUAUUUCUAUUAUGCCAGUUUCAUGCAUUGGGAAAAAUAAACAUUUUACAAAACCAGUAUUGAAUAUGUUUUUUAACUGAGAAAAACACUUUCAUAAAGUAUGAUAUCAUUUAUCUUUUGAAUGUUUCUUUUCAUAGAUCAUUUGAUAGUUCACUGGCAUUGUUGGCUCAUAACUUAGAAGUCAGGAAGAAAGACCAGGUUUAAAGUCCUUCCUCAGGUACCUACUAGCUUUAUGACCUUUAAUUUCUCUGCCUCAGUUUCCUGAGAUAUCUACUCUAUAUUCCUGAGAUAUUUACAACUAUAAAAUGAGCAUAAUAAUAGCACCUACCUUGUAAGGUUGUUGUGAGGAUCAAAUGAAUAAUAUACUCAAAGUGCUUUUCAAAUUUUAGUCAACUACAUAAAUGUUAGCUCUCACACAUCCAAAGAAAAUAGACUGAAGCUUUUUAAAAUUAUUAAUAAUCUGAUGUAUUAAAUAUACAAAUACAAGGUAUUACUUUCACACAAGUAUUGUAACUGGAGGUAUGCUAGCAAAGUGUUGUAGAAUAGAACUUCCUUGGGGAUUGGCUUUAAUGAAUUGUCAAAAUGGGUUUAUCUUUGUUAACAUGGAUUUGAGAAUGAUUUCGAAAGUCCUUCAGGUACUCACAGAGUUAGAAGGAACCUCAGCGAUCAUUUAACACAACUCAUACCUGGAGAAAAAUCUCCUUCACAGUCUUCUCGACAUGGGGACCUCCAGCCUUACCUCGAAUGCCUCUAGUGGGUGGGAAAGAGGGAACUCCCCAGCUCCUGAGGCAACUCAUUCCCCUUUUGGACACCCCUAAGUUUUCUUCCCUUAAAUCAAGCAGAAAUGUGUUCAUUGUUCCUAUAGCACAGACUGACUCCCCUGAUAUAUCUUUUACCCCGCAUUCUGUUUUGGGGACAAUAUUAUUAAUAUUACUGCUUCUUUUUAUUCUAGUAAUUAGUUAUCAUUGUUACUACUCCUAAGGCAACCACAUGAUACAGUGAGUACACAGAGGGUUGAGCCUGAAAUCACAAAGAACCAGAGUUCAAAUCUGGCCUCAGACACUUCCUGGCUGUGUGACCCUGGGCAAGUUAUUUAAUCUCUGUCUUGCCCAUUGCUUCAUCUGUAAAAGAGGGAUAAUGAUAUCACUUGUCAAGGUGAUCAUGAGGAUAAAAUCACAUGACAUUUGUAAAGCCUUUUGUAUUAGCUAUUACUAUUAUUAUUAUUGCUGCUCCUAAUAACAAUAUUUCACAUUUAAAUAAAUUUAAAGUUUGCAAAUCACUUAUACACUAUCUCAAUUGAUGUGAACCAUGUGAAACAGGUACAAUGAUCCCUACUCUGCAGAUGACAUGGAGAACCAGGCAGGCAAGUGACUUGCCCAAGGCAGAAUUUGAAAACAAGGCUUUCACUCCAGGUCUAGCAUUCUAUCCACUACUUAAUGUGGCAGAAAGCAGUGCAUGAUUCUAUAGAAAAGCCCCAUUACGUCUUCAUCUUCUGUGUGUGAUGUAUAACUUUGCCUUAGUU